AUGAGAACCCCAUUGCUGUUGUUGCUGCUUACUUUUACUGCAAUUCAGUAUGUCACCCACGCAACCGAGUACAAUGAGGAGGACCUAAAAGUGUCGCCGGAGAGCGUCCGUUUCGACACCGGAGGGCUAAGCCGUGGUAGCUUUCCGAAAGGAUUUUCCUUUGGAACGGCCACUUCUGCUUACCAAGUUGAAGGCAUGGCUGACAAGGACGGGCGAGGACCCAGCAUUUGGGACGCCUUCAUUAAAGCACCUGGACGUGAACCCAACAAUGCCACGGGAGAGGUGUCGGUGGACCAGUAUCACCGGUAUAAGGAGGAUAUUGAUCUCAUGGCAAAGCUGAAUUUUGAUGCCUACCGGUUCUCGAUCUCAUGGUCUAGGAUAUUCCCAAAUGGAACUGGAAAAGUAAAUUGGAAGGGGGUUGCUUACUAUAACAGGUUGAUCAACUACAUGCUCAAAAGAGGCAUUAUCCCCUAUGCUAAUCUCAAUCACUACGAUCUUCCUCUAGCACUUCAGCAGAGGUACAAUGGAUGGUUAGACCAUGAAGUAGUGAAAGAUUUUGCUGAUUAUGCUGAAUUUUGUUUCAAGACAUUUGGAGACAGAGUGAAGAAUUGGAUGACUUUUAAUGAACCUAGGGUGGUAGCUGCUCUUGGUUAUGAUAAUGGUUUCUUUGCCCCCGGAAGGUGCUCUAAAGCGUAUGGAAACUGCACAGCUGGAAAUUCUGCGACAGAGCCUUACAUUGUGGCACAUAAUCUGAUUCUAUGUCAUGCAGCUGCAGUUCAACGAUACAAAGGAAAGUACCAAGAAAAGCAGAAAGGAAGAAUUGGCAUUCUUUUGGAUUUUGUUUGGUAUGAACCUCUUACAAGAUCAAAGGCUGACAAUUAUGCAGCUCAAAGAGCACGAGACUUUCAUGUUGGAUGGUUUCUGCAUCCCCUUGUUUAUGGUGAGUACCCAAGAACAAUGCAAGACAUUGUAGGAGAUCGGCUACCAAAGUUCACAACAGAAGAGGUCAAGAUGGUAAAGGGCUCCUUUGAUUAUGUGGGUAUAAACCAGUAUACUGCUUACUACAUGUAUGAUCCACAUCAAGCCAAGCCAAAAGCUCUGGGCUACCAGCAGGAUUGGAAUUGUGGAUUUGCCUAUGAACGUAAAGGCAAGCCGAUUGGCCCAAGGGUAAUUUCUAUCAAAUCUGCAUGAAUGCCAAUGUGGAAAAAAUGAAGCAAAAUCCCCGAUAACAUGCUUUUAACCCUUUUGUUCCUGUCAUGAAUAGCACUUAGAGCUAUCAUUAUUUGCUGAUGACUUAAGUAUCUGCAGGCAUAUUCUUACUGGCUUUACAAUGUACCAUGGGGUCUGUACAAAGCAGUGACCUACAUAAAAGAACAUUAUGGAAACCCUACCGUGAUUUUGGCUGAAAAUGGAAUGGAUGAUCCAGGUAACAUCACCCUUCCUAAGGGUUUGCAUGACACCACAAGGAUCAACUACUACACGGGCUACCUGGUUGAACUCAAGAAGACAAUCGAUGAGGGUGCCAAUGUGAUCGGCUACUUUGCGUGGUCAUUGCUUGACAACUUCGAAUGGAGAUUAGGCUACACUUCGAGAUUUGGCAUUGUUUAUGUCGAUUUUAAAACCCUUAAGAGGUACCCAAAGAUGUCUGCCUAUUGGUUCAAGAAAUUACUUCUUCGAAGCAAGGAUUGAGCACAGAUGACACUCUCUCUUUCUCUUUUAGGUUUUCUUUGUGUUGUAAAACAUUAAACAUCUACCGCGAUGGAAUCAAUAAGCUCCAGUCAAUGGCUCAAAAUGCUCAAUUUGGGUUAGACCUUGAUCCUACGACUUAGGCAUUACUCAAUAGAGGUGUUGGGCUUACAGAAGUAGAAGCAGUCUCUCAAUUUUGUUAUUGAGCAAGAGUAGCCUUUAUUUUCUGUGCUCAACUCGACUUGAUUGACCCUCAUCCCAAUGCAUGGUGUAAAUGUUUUUACAUGUGAACAAAAUGAAGGUUAGAAUGGAAUAGACAUAACAAUAGAAUAGAAUGUACAUUAUCAUUAUAACAACUACGAUAAAGUGUGG